CCCAUUCAGAGGCCUUACAGUAUUAAAUAUGUACUGAUGUUGCAAAGAUAUUAUGGAGGCUCACUUCCAUUCCCCGUCAGUCAGGAUAUGCCCGUGGGGCACUUGAAGUAUCUCACCACCAAGCAGGCCCUUGCCGAUAUCCCAUAUUUUGCUGCAAAUUUCAGCCGGCCAAAUCAUCCUGAUAUCGAUCUGACACCUAGAGGAGCCCCUUGGGUUAUGAUCGGUGGAUCCUAUCCUGGUAUCCGUGCCGCGUUCACUCGCAACAAAUAUCCCGAUACCAUAUUUGCAGCUUAUGCUUCGUCCGCUCCCGUACAGGCUCAGCUCGAUAUGAGCGUGUACUAUGAACAGAUUUACCGCGCUAUGGUGGCCAACGGGUACAGUAACUGCACCAAGGACAUCCAGGCUGCUCUCAAGUACAUCGAUGAUCAGUUGUCCAACGAAGAGACGUCCGCGUCGAUCAAACGGCUUUUUCUUGGAGACGAUGCGGAGAACAACAGCAAUGCAGACUUCACCACGGCUUUGGUCGCUCUUUACGGACCUUUUCAGGCUCACGGUAUCUGGAGCGGUAAUCAAAGCUUGCACAAUUUCUGCAACUACCUCGAGCUGGACCCAGCGACAAAUCAGUCGGCAGGACCGGAGGGUCUCAGCCCGAUCUACGGCAACCAGUACGUUGCAGAGCGCUGGGCGGCUUAUCCUUACUUCAUAUCGCUGGUCAACAGGAUGUACGGGACUAACUGCAACGGUCUCAAUGCAUCAGAGCCUUUGUCGUGCGAUUUCAGUCAAACCAACACUACCCCUGAAUUGAUCAGCUGGACUUGGCAAUACUGCACCGAAUGGGGCUUUUUCCAGAGCAACAACUUUGGCACUCAUGCGCUUCUUUCCUCGUAUCAGACCCUGGAGUAUCAGCAGGAACUCUGUUAUCGCCAGUUCCCAAAUGGCGUCCAGGCUGGGAUCCUACCGCCACGACCACGGACGGAAAGCUUGAAUGAAGAGCUCGGAGGCUGGACGAUCCGCCCGUCCAACGUACCAUUGUCGGUGCUAUCUGAUGAAGAUUGGGCUCCACAGGGAGUCAAUUUCACCACUGAAAUACCGGCCUGUGGGGUCCCCACCGGCAAAGACGCGGUAUUUGGGUACAUCAUGGAGAACGCGGUGCACUGCCCAGACUUUCAGCUCACCCCGGCCGCGGCAGUCUCCCGGGAUUACUUUAGCAAGGCCUUGAAACAAUGGCUGCCAUGUUUCAGGCGUAAUCAGUCCGGUAGUCUCGAUGAUCCCUGAUGUCACUUUUAGUACGGA